UCUUUGCUCUUUGUUUUCAGUCAAACUCAAAAUCAAUUUCUCCGUAAAAUUGAAGUUGAAUAAACUGUAAUAAUAGAAACGACCAAAAUGAGUUCUGUAAAAGAUGUGGCUUCUUUAUAUCAAAACUUAAAAACGGAGUGGAACAAAAAACCUCGCAAACUCGACAAAUGUGGCGAGUUAUUGAACAAGAUUAAAGUAGGUUUCUGACAUGCAUGACAAAGCGGAAUUUAUUGUUAACGCAGUUUUUCAUCAUGUUCUCAAUUUUCAGAUAGCUUUGACGCAGUUCAGCUUCCUGCCAAGUAAUAACGCUGCUGCAAACCAGAAAGAGUUGAUUCUUGCUAGAGAUGUCUUGGAAAUUGGAGCACAGUGGGCGGUAGCGACUAAAGAUGUAAAGGCUUUUGAACGCUACAUAUCCCAACUAAAAUGUUAUUAUUUUGAUUACAAGGACCAUCUGCCUGAAUCUUCUUUUAUGUAUCAACUUCUUGGUCUUAACUUGUUAUUCUUGUUAUCUCAAAACCGAGUGGCAGAGUUCCAUACAGAACUAGAGCGUCUACCAGUUGACAUUAUUAGGGCUGAUCCUUAUGUGAGACACCCAAUCGCGUUAGAACAAUAUUUAAUGGAAGGCAGUUACAACAAGAUAUUUUUAGCUAAGGGUAAUGUGCCAGCAGUGAGUUACACACUUUUCAUGGACACUCUCUUAGAUACAGUGAGGGGAGAAAUAGCAGCAUGCAUUGAAAAGGCAUACCUAUCAAUUCCUUGUUCGGAAGCAGCAAGGAGACUAAAUUUACAGUCCCAACAAGCUGUGCUUGAAUAUGGCAAGAAACGUAAUUGGACCCUUGGUAAUGACAACUGUUACCAUUUCAAUGCAGCCGAAGAGACUUCAGCUUCUAAUUGUGGAAUACUACCUUCAUCUGAGUUAGCUGAGCAAACCAUAGAGUAUGCUAGACAUCUGGAAAUGAUUGUGUGAAUUAGGAUUAUGAUUAAAAAUUAAAUAACACUUUUUUUUUACAAAUAUACAUAAUUGUUUUUAUGUCCUGUGUUAAACUUACUUAACCCAAUAACUAAUAAUAGCAGCAAAACAAAAACAAUGCAAUGCAAUUAGUAUUUUAAUUCCUUCUCUUUAUUUAAUAAAAUUCAGAAUCAAAACAUAAUAA